AUGCUUAGCUGCCUUCUAGCUGCUUUUUAUCAAUUCGCACUAUUCUUCUUCUAUUUCUUCUAUUUCCUUUUCAAAGGAAAACCGGAAUGGCAGAAAAUAGGACAAACUGAACGUUGUACAACGAACAAUUGCUGCUUGCACAAUCCGAAAGUGCAAACGGAUGCAUCCAUUAGUUCGAAGCCAACUGAAAAUAUGCAAACCACUAAUGAACAACAGACUAAUUUUAUCAAAACAGGAGUUAGUUGGAGAGAAAAUAAACAAACAACAACAACAACAACAACAACGUCAAAAUUUCAAAAUUUUCAAAAAAUGAAUUCAUAUCAACAGCUAAGCGAACAAUAUGCCAAUAAAAUGGCACGAACGUUUCAAAAUUUAUACAGCGCUUUUUACUGUUUCCUGAAAUAUAUUGGUACUAUUGUAGUGCAUUUCAUCAUAUGGCUUUAUUCGAUUAUUUACGAAUGGCUUAUUAGCUCAGGAAGUUCGACAAUAAUUUCUGGAACUUCAACAGGAAACAUUCCAAAUCAGAUACAAAUACAAAAAACGACUAUUGAAAAAGUUCAAGAAAAUUUACAACAACAAAAUGAGCAGCAACAACAACAACAUUCUUCCGCAACGGAUGCUAACAUAACUUUCCAGAGAUGGCCAUCGGUUGACCAAUCAGUUAUUCAACCGGUAGAAUUUUAUUCUAGGAAGCAAAUUUAUACAAGUGAUUUUAACUGGCCUACUUUAGAAGAUUCAAAUGUUGCUGUUACAACACUAUCAUCACCACCACCACCACCACCACCACCAUCAACGCCUUCUAUUUCUCUUCCGUUACCAAUUUUUAAAACAGAAACAUCAACAACAAGUACAAAAAAUGGCGAAAAAGUACCACCAAAAGGUGGUGUUGCUGUUUUACCACUCGAUAUUAUGGCUGAAGCUCAUGCUCGAGUUAAAGAACGUGAGCAAAAAUUAAUUGAACAAAAAGCUGAAUCACAUGAGAAUAAUGAAAUGAAUAACGAUUGGACAGUGACAAGUAGGAAGUUUAUACCUGCUCAAUGGAAAAUGCCAGUAAUGAAAGUUGACGAGAAAUCAAUGAUCGAAAAUAAAGAAAGUGAAGAUGGUGAAAUAAUAAGAUCAACAAGGAGGAACAUUGUUUCAAGGAUAAGUCGACCAACCGAUCAGGAUGCUCAAUUUAUCUUUCGUGCACCAACACAUCAAAAUGUUACGAAUUUUAGAUCAAAUCGAUUAACAGAUGGUAAUUUUUUGAUGGGUCGAAGUGUUUUUUCACCAAUACGUGAAGCGGAAGAAAUGCGUGAUAGAGUAAAUCGACGAAUGACAGAGACUCCUUCAGAAAGUUUUUUUAGCUCACGCUUAAAUACACCUCUGGAUGAUUUUUCUAUGACGUCACGUAUAAAUACGCCAUUUGAAGUAGCACUAGAUUCACAAAUGGAUUCUUCUUCACGUUAUCCAGCGAGUCGUUCACGUUCACAAUCUCGAAUUCAUACUGUCAUCUCACCUCCACCUACCAACCAAAUGCAUUCUCCAAGAAAAGAUGAAACUGGAAUAAAUAUGCUGAGACAGCGUUCCAGAACCGUGGAACCCCGAUUAGCAGAAGGUACCGUAAAAACUCUUACCAGACAAUGGCCACCUGAAAGUAAUGCAAGUGGUGUAUUUGUAGCUAAAGAUAAUUGGAAUAUUAUUCCAACUGAAAUCGUUUCAUGUCGCAGAGUAAUGGAAAGAAGUGUGACAGAUAAGUGGACAACACGUGAUGAAAAAGGUGAUAUUAUGGAUGAAUGGUCAAUGAAAAGUUGGAAAGGUGAAAAUGAUGGAUUAAGACGUCGUGAUAAUGGUACUGGUGAAACAUGGCAUCGUAAAGUAGAGAUAUCAGCAGAUGGAAAAGCAUCAUUUGUUGAUAACAGGCGCUUUUAUACACGUGAUUAUGUUGUUGAGAGUGAAACUCGCAAUGCAUAA